UGUAAGGAAGGAGUUAGAAGGACUAAGGACUGCAGUCCAGCGAUGGAGAUCCAGCUGAGCCGGACCGCCGGCUCCCCAUCAUCGGCCUCUUCGGAUCAUCCAAACUCGAAUCCAAACCAGAAUGGAAACUGUAAUCAGAUGCAUUCAUGGUGGGAAGCCAUUUCCAAGGCCCGAUCACGCAUCCAUGCCCUAUCUUCGAUCCUCCCUUUCUUCACAUCCCUCUCCUCUCUUGCCGACUCAGAGCGCCCUGCUCGAUCUCUCCUCGAGUCCCCUGAAGCCUACAUGGCCAUCUCCUCCUCUCUCUCCGACUCCUUCUCUGGGUCCGGCAAAAACCCUCUCUGUCAAUGGCUUUACGAGACCUUCCAGUCUUCUGAUCCCGACCUUCGCCUCGUCGUACUCUCGUUCAUUCCUCUCGUCGCAGGAGUCUAUCUCUCUCGCGUCGUAUCUGCAGCGUCCGACGAUCCAACCCCAUCUCUCGCAGGCUUCGAAGCUGUUCUCUUAGUGCUCUACGCUUCCGAAACCAAAGCCCGCGGCGGAAAACCUACAUUGAUCUCAAUUCCCGAUUUCUCGCAGCCGUCGCUGUACCACGCACCACGGAGCCAGCCUGCCCAUCGGACCGCCGUCCAAUCUCACCCGUCCAUUGGGGUUCUCUGUCCACCUCUCGAGCCGCAGAUCGCCGUCAAGUCAACGAAAAGGACUAGUAUCGUCGCCAUCGCUCUUGAUUGCUAUUUUAAACAAAUCUCUCAGAUGCCUAGUUGGUCCAAACUCGACUUGUGUCAGUUCGCUGCUGGGUGGGCGGGGCAGAAUUGCCCCUGCAAGAGCGAACUUGACGGCAAUGCCGAAGGUGAUUGCUGUGCGAAUGAGAAUUUUGCGAGGGCUAGGGUUGCGGACGAGGAUGAAGAGGAGGAAAACGCUCUGAUUCGGGAUAUUGUGGAAGAGGUGAAUAGAUUUGGGAUUGGAGAAGAUUGUAACGAAAUUGGGUCUUCCCGAGGGUCAAGAAUCCCGCUUUCUUGGGAGCUUUUGCAGCCGGUGAUGAGAAUUCUUGGGCAUUGCCUCUUGGCGCCCCUGAAUUCACAAGACGUAAAGGACGCGGCCUCAGUAGCAGUGAGGUGUUUGUAUGCUAGGGCAUUGCAUGAUCUGGUCCCACAGGCAAUCUUGGCCACUCGUAGCCUCAUUCAGCUCGACAAUAGGGCACGCUUGGCCGCAAAGGCGGCAGCUGCUGCCAAUGUUGCUUCGAAUGCAAACACACCUAGCAAAGCAAAGAAAUCGGAGAUCCUUUUAGUUUCAAACUGAAUGGUCAGUGGCCAGUCCGUAGGCAGUUAUCGGUGCUGGUGUGAUCCCUCUUGUAUAGCCAAUCUACAGCAGCUCCUUAGAAUCUCUGAGGCGAUCAACGUGAGUCAGCAUUUGUAAGAUUUCUUUCUUGUAGUAAAGGAUUUAUUUUUUUGGACUUUUUGAUUAGGUUGCACAUAUACUCUGACAAUUCAACAUAUGCAUUUGAAGUUUUGAUUGAUCUUUGUAGUUGGUGUCUUCUGUUAUUGCUUUCCUAAAGUUGUGUUGCUUAUGGUUGCAUUUUAUGCAUAAUGAGUUGGAGCAUAUUAUCAUACGUUGUG